AUGGAGACUCCAGCGAAGUACUUUUCAUCCGUGCUCGCCUGCAACACCGUCCCGUUCCCGCUUGGAGUGAUUAUGUGGAACGCGACCGAACCGGAGGCGACCUUAGGCACCAGGAAAGACUUGGUUGUCCGCGCUCUGACGGGCUGUCUGCUCUCCGUGCUUAUCCUUUGGACGUUGCUUGGGAACAUUAUGGUGUGCACCGCCGUGCUCAGGUUCCGUCACCUGAGAUCCAAAGUGACUAACAUUUUUAUAGUGUCCCUGGCAGUCUCGGAUUUAUUUGUCGCUGUUCUGGUGAUGCCAUGGAAAGCAGUUGCCGAAGUUGCCGGGUACUGGCCAUUCGGUACCUUCUGCAAUAUUUGGGUAGCUUUUGACAUCAUGUGUUCCACUGCAUCCAUUCUCAACCUCUGUAUUAUAAGCGUGGACCGCUACUGGGCAAUAUCAAGUCCCUUUCGAUACGAAAGAAAGAUGACCCAAAAAGUGGCCUUUGUGAUGAUUAGUGUGACAUGGACGCUGUCCGUGCUUAUAUCAUUCAUUCCGAUCCAACUGAAUUGGCACAAAGCCAGUGUGGAAAGCUCAAACGAUUCCACGACACUAGAGCCAAUCGAAGAGAACUGCGACUCCAGCCUCAACCGAGAAUACGCCAUCUCCUCGUCCCUGAUAAGUUUCUACAUCCCCGUGGCAAUCAUGAUUGUGACAUACACCCGAAUCUAUAGGAUAGCACAAAUACAAAUAAGGAGGAUAGCUUCCCUGGAACGCGCAGCUGAGCACGCAACAAGCUGCCGGACGAAUAGACUCGAGUGCCAACACCACAAUACCUUGAAAACGUCAAUAAACAGAGAAACCAAAGUUCUGAAAACUCUCUCUGUGAUCAUGGGUGUUUUCGUCUGUUGCUGGCUACCUUUCUUUAUUCUGAACUGCAUGGUCCCAUUUUGUGACAAACCACCCACAGACCAAGAAGCCGGACUACCGUGUGUCAGUGAAACUACAUUUGACGUGUUUGUGUGGUUUGGCUGGACAAACUCGUCUUUGAAUCCUAUCAUUUAUGCUUUCAACUCGGAAUUCCGAAAAGCUUUCGCAAACCUGCUUGGCUGCCGUCACUUUUGCUCCACCACACCGGUUGAAACCGUGAACAUAAGUAAUGAACUUGUGUCAUAUAACCAAGACACUUUACUCCACAAAGAGAUCGUCAAUGCCUACGUGAACAUCAUUCCAAACGUAGUGGACUGUAUUGACAACGAAGAGACCUUUGACCGGAUAUCACAGUUUUCUCAUAAUAAUGAGGUAGCGACCGAUUCGGUUUGUGAUAUAGACGACUGCGAUGCAGAUAUUUGUAUGGACAGGUUAACGCCGUUCACUCCAAAUGGUUUACACUGA